AGGCACCAGCCCUCGCUAAGGUCGUGAAAGAGAGGAAGCAAGACGAGCUAAGGAAGAAUAUAGAUAUCCAUACACCACUCGUACCUUUUCUUGCCGUUUCUUGGGUUCUAGAAAUCUCAAGCCGCAAGCAUGAGCAGGUUCAGCAGCGCUACAGCCCUCCCGGUGUACCGUGAAGAUGAAGACGAAGAGUUGUUUGAGACAUCAUCUUCCAUCUCCGGUGACUCCGAAGAUGAGGAACAAUUCUCAGAUGGUGAAGACACCGGACCUCUAGAGCACCAGUUUAUGCAGCAGGCGGCUUCCUCGGCGCAGCAGAUGAUGCAGAAAUUGAAUUCUGAUAGCCUCUACGAUCUGUCAUCUAUGAUGGCACAACUACCUAUCAAGAAAGGGCUAUCCAAAUAUUAUGACGGGAAGUCUCAAUCGUUCGCGUGUAUGUCUGAGGUGAGAUGUCUGGAAGAUCUACGCAAGAAAGAGAUUCCCUACAGGAAGAUCAAACCAUCCAAGAGCUAUGUAGCACUAGAUGGAGAACAGGAUUGCCAUUUACCUGGUCCUAACAGCAGAGCAAUAGCCAAGAAGCCCUCCGGAAGUUCUUGUGCAAAUCUGAUGGCUCGAAACAACAGCACAAGCAUGCUCUACAGACCUCCCCCAAUUCCUGUAAACAGAAGUGGAUACCAUCAGUAGACUCUUGGACAUCAUUGAAAUGUUUCUGUCCAGGGUUUCACCUAUGUUCCUUCUUCUUUCUUGAGGGAUUUUGUUGACAAGCAUAUUAGCCUGUCUCAGAUGCAAGAGGUUUUCCUUCUCUGCAGUCAAUAGAGCAUCUUCUUUCAUCUUAUUAAUGAAUAGAGUAUCUUCUUUCAUCUUA